UGCUUAUUUAACGUAUGGACCAACAUUGUUGCUUCACCCUUGUUUUUCUUUUUAAUCUCGAAAGCAACACACUCUGUACUUUCUUCACAUGGCUUCCCAAAACCUCAAAAUCCAUGAACAGUGCAGUGUUGCUCCACCCUCUGCACCCCAAACAUCCCUCCCUCUCGUAUUCUUCGACCUCUUCUGGCUGAGGUUUCACCCUGUGGAACGCAUCUUCUUCUAUUCCCUCCCUGUAACCCAUUCAAACCCAUCCAUUUUCUACACCCAAGUUGUUCCAAACCUCAAAACUUCACUCUCUCACACCCUCCAUCACUUUUCUCCUCUCGCCGGCAACGUCCUGUGGCCCAAUGGUUCUUCCAAACCCGUCGUUCAGUACACCCCAGGCGACGCCGUUUCAGUGGUGCUUGCAGAAUCCGAAGCCGAUUUUGACCACGCGUUGGACAACACACCCAAAGAAGCGUCAGAGUUACGUUGUUUGGUGCCUCACUUGGAAUCCUCAGAUUCUCAUGCCUCUGUUAUGGCUCUCCAAAUCACUCUGUUCCCUAACAGAGGGUUCGCCAUAGGAAUCAGCACUCACCACGCCGUCCUUGACGGAAAAUCUUCAACUCUUUUCGUCAAAGCUUGGGCUUCUCUGUGUAAAACCAGUGAUGAUGACUCUGAGUCAUCACCAUCAUCGUUACCAUCUUUGGCUCCAGAAUUGGAGCCUUUGUUUGACAGAACAGUCAUAAAAAGCCCGAGUGAGUUAGGGUUCAACGCAUCAUUCGAUUUAACUAAGCUCGUAAUCAAUUCGUUCCCAGGUGAAAAUAGGGAAGAAAGAUGCUUGAAGCUUCUACCUUUCCCUCCAAGAUUGGAGGAUCAGGUCCGAGGGACAUUCGUCCUCACGGUAGCAGAUUUGGAGAGAUUAAAGAAUUGGGUGCUGUCCAAGUGGGACAGUGUAGACAUAGUUGAAGCAGAACCAAACUCAAACUCAACGGUUUCUUCAAAACCAACCAAACUGUCGACUUUUGUUGUAACCUGCGCUUAUGCUGUGGUUUGCAUUGCGAAGGCCUGGCACGGAGUUGAAAAGGAGAAAAAUAGGUUUGCUGGUGGGUUCAGUGUGGAUUGCAGGGCCAGGUUGGAGCCUCCAAUUCCUGAAAACUAUUUUGGGAACUGUGUGUGGGGGAAUUUCUUGGAUGCUAAACCGUCAGCAUUUAUAAAGGAAGAAGGGUUUGUUAUUAUUGCCAAAAGUAUUCAUAGUAAAAUAAAAGAGAUGUUAGAUAAGGGUGUUUUUCAUGACGCAGAUACUUUUGCUGCUAGAUUUGCAGCUUCCGCAAAAGAGGGAAUUGAAAUCAUAGGAAUUGCAGGGUCAAACCGUUUUGGGGUUUAUGGGAAUGAUUUUGGUUGGGGAAAGCCUUCAAAGGUGGAGAUUGCAUCGAUUGAUAGAGCCCUAACAAUUGGAUUGGCAGAGAAGAGAGAUGAGAAAGGUGGUGUUGAAGUUGGCGUUGUUCUGAAGAGAUCUGUGAUGGAUCUAUUUGCCACUUUGUUUCGUGGAGGAUUAACAGAUGAGUGAUUCAACAUGACAUAUCUGAAAUUCAAGAAUCUGCCGACAAUCUUCCGCUUUUCUUCCUUAUCACAAAACCAAAAGUCUUCUGCAUUUGCUACAAAAAUCCUCUUUCAGUGAGUUUCAUCAUCGUAUAUCUACUUUUUUUUUCAAUUUUACUUUCUACUAGUUCUUUUUGAAUGGUCUAACUCACCAAAAUAUUAGAUACUUCUGCAUUAUUAUAUAAAAGGUGAAGUUAAGAAAUCCAUACUUAAUCAUUGAUAUAA